CGCAAACUCACAAAUAUUUACUUCCUGUACAUCAAGAGGAAAGGGGGCCCCCCUUUCGUGGAAUGCGGCAACAUGGGCGUGUUUGACCGCGGAGUUCAGAUGCUGCUGACCACGGUGGGGGCCUUCGCCGCCUUCAGCCUUAUGACCAUCGCCGUGGGGACAGACUACUGGCUGUACUCGCGUGGCGUCUGCAAGAUCAAGAGCACCAACGAGAACGAGACCAGCAAGAAAAACGAGGAGGUGAUGACGCACUCGGGCCUCUGGAGGACCUGCUGCCUGGAAGGUUCUUUUAAAGGCAUGUGUAAGCAGAUAGAUCACUUCCCAGAGGAUGCUGACUAUGAGGCGGAUGCUUCCGAGUACUUCCUACGUGCUGUUCGAGCCUCCAGUAUCUUCCCCAUCCUGAGUGUGAUCCUUCUCUUCAUGGGGGGGCUGUGCAUCGCCGCCAGCGAGUUCUACAAGUCACGCCACAACAUCAUCCUCAGUGCCGGCAUCCUCUUCGUCUCUGCAGGCCUGAGCAACAUCAUAGGAAUCAUUGUGUACAUAUCAGCCAACGCUGGGGACCCUUCCAAGAGUGACUCCAAGAAGAACAGCUACUCCUACGGCUGGUCCUUCUACUUCGGCGCCCUUUCCUUCAUCAUGGCCGAAAUGGUGGGAGUGCUGGCCGUGCACAUGUUCAUCGACCGCCAUCGGGAGUUGCGUGUGGGGGCACGAGCCGCCGACUACCUCCAAGGUGCAGCCAUCACGCGCAUCCCCAGCUACCGCUACCGUUAUCGACGCCGCUCACGCUCUUCAUCCCGCUCCACGGAUCCCUCGCACUCCCGCGAGGCAUCACCGGUUGGCCUGAAGGCCUUCGGGACGCUGCCCUCCACCGAGCUGUCCAUGUACACGCUGCCCAAGGGCCAAACGGGCACCCCGACAGCCACCUAUAACUCCACGGAGAGGGACCACAACUUCCUUCAGGUCCACAACUGCAUCCAGAAGGACCUGAAAGACUCAGGCGGCCACAGCAACACCGCCAACCGACGCACCACACCUGUAUGAAACUGAUAGAGGGACCUCAGACACUUAAAAAAAACAGAGGGAAUUUGGGGGGAGGCGGCAAAAGACAGAUAACGGUGUAAGGAGGCGGAAAGAGGAAGGGCUUAAAUGGAUAGAUGGGGU